CUUCUCACAGAUCUCGGAAUCUUCUAAUCCCUGGACGCCUAUAAGGCUGCAGCUGCGCAGGGGCACGGGAUCUCGGAGGCGACUUCCUGUUGUGUGCACGAUCCCAGCCCCCAUCGCUGGUUCCCAGCAACCAGUGCAAGCUGCAGAGCCUGCCUGCCUUCCCCAGGGCCAGAGGGAAUCACUCUCCCCCUCUCCCUCUCUUCCUGCAGGCAUCCCGUCCCCCACUGCCCUUACAUAGUAACCUGGGGAAUUAGACAGACGAGCAUGUCCCUGCCGACCCCCUCUGCUUCUUGCCUUUUCAAGGAUCCUGGUCAGAAGCUGGAGCAGUUGGGACACAAGAGGGAAGAAGGACACAACAAGCAACUGGAGUGAAGUCACCAUCAGGUUUAGAAGACAACUGCAAACCGUGGAGAAUCCCUGGUUCCCUGGGAUAAAGAGAGAAUUCCCCAGGUUCCAGGCACUGUGCAAAGACAAGAAGUACUUUCAGGGAAGAUGGUGCCCUUGGGAGUAGCACAAAAGUCAUCAGCCUUCAAGUCAGAGUCAAAAGAAUGCCAGUCUGAGGUGUUAUGCCAGGAAGAGGGGAUGCAGAGCCCAUUACCGAGACAAGAGAUACUGAAUUGCCAAGUUAAGGAGCAGCCCCAGUUUAUGCCAGACAGAGCUCUUCCCAUUCCACAGAUUCCUAUUUUUCCCCAAAGGGGGAGCACCAGAGAUCAGGAAAUGGCAGCUGCACUUCUUACUGCUUGGUCCCAGAUGCCAGUGACUUUGGAGGAUGUGGCCGUAUACCUUUCAAAGGAGGAGUGGAGGCAGCCAGACCUUGUUCAGAGGGACCUCCACAGAGAUAUCGUGCAGGAGAAAAAUGACCUGGCCUUAGAAGCUGUAAAGAUUGGAAAAGUAGGGUUUAUUCCACUGGAAGCUGCUGGUGAUGCAAAGAUGCUUGGGACUGGAUUGGGAAGAGUCCAUGGGGAUGUCCCACAAGCCAUGGAGCAAGAAGGCAGCAGGGAGAGCUCAGGGGAAAGUCAGCAGCUUAGCGUCCUGAAGAAGAGCCAGAAGAAACUGGUCCUACCUGAAAAAGACCUUAAAAAAACCCUGGACAUUCUUGUUCUGAAGAAACCCUGCAUCCUUGAGAAAUAUUACCAAGACAGCAGUGGGGAAGGCUCAGCCCCAGGAGGGAACAAACUUGGACCAGAACCAGAGCUCCUGGCCCCCCAGCUUACCCUUCCCACCAAAAAAACUUACACAUGUGAAGAGUGUGGCAAGGGUUUCAGCUGGCAUUCUCACCUAGUGACCCACUGGCGUACACACACUGGAGAGAAGCCCUAUACAUGUACAGACUGUGGCAAGUGCUUCAGCCGAAGCUCCCACCUCAUUCAGCACCAGAUCAUCCACACGGGGGAGAAGCCUUACACCUGCCCUGUCUGCUGGAAAAGCUUCAGCCAUCACUCCACACUGAUACAGCACCAGCGCAUCCACACUGGGGAGAAGCCUUAUGUGUGUGACCAGUGUGCCAAGCGCUUCACCCGGCGCUCAGACUUGGUGACCCACCAGGGGACCCACACGGGUGCCAAGCCUCAUCGAUGCCUGGAGUGUAACAAAUGCUUCACCCAGAGCUCAGCCCUGGUCACCCACCAGCGGACCCACACGGGCGUCAAGCCCUACCCCUGUCCUGAGUGCGGCAAGCACUUCAGCCAGCGCUCCAAUCUCGCUGCCCACCAGCGCACCCACACAGGGGAAAAGCCCUACUCUUGUAGCAACUGUGGCAAGAGUUUCAGUCACAGCUCCCACCUCACUGCCCACCAGCAAACUCACCGUGGUGUCCGGCCCUACACCUGUCCCCUGUGCGGCAAGAGCUUCAGCCGUCGUUCUAACCUUUUUCGACAUCAGAAGAUUCACGCUGGCCCUAAGGCUCUGGCUGUGCUGAUGCUGGGGGCAGUGGGGACUCUCACCAGGCCUCACACUGCUCCCCCCUAAAAGGCCAGGAGAUGAAUGGUGUGAGGAUAUGGAAUCCAGGGCCAGUGCUGAUGAGCCUAGCUGCAGGAUAGGCCUAAUUCAAAGACCAGAAGCAGUGAGAGAGGGAAGACAGAUGAGAAAGAG